CAGUCUGCAACAGUAACCGAGCCAUGGCUCGAGCUGGCGGGCGGCGCGCCGGGCAAGCAGCAGCCGCGGCAGGCGCACGGGCCGCGUCAAGGGAGCCGGGGUCAGCACGAUUCUAAGAAAGAGAGGGGCGUGAGGGGGCCGGGCUGGGCGGGCUAGGGGCACCGCGCUCUCCCAACAGCGCGGAUCCUUUUUGGAAAUUAAUAUUAAAAAAAAAAAAAAAAAAAAAAAGCAAGCAGAGGGGAAGGUGGGAGCAAGAGAGAAGGCGAGACACACAGAGAAAGAGCGAGAGACACAGCUCCCCACCGUGAGAGGAAGAAAGGCCACAGUCGCCGGCGGCUGCCGAUGUGAAGACUGGACUCCGUGCGCCCCUCGCCGCCUCUGCCCGGCCACAUCGAUGUUGCAGCCCGCUCGCCCGCAUCACGAUGAACGCGCAGCUGACCAUGGAGGCGAUCGGCGAGCUGCACGGGGUGAGCCAUGAGCCGGUGCCCGCCCCUGCCGACCUGCUGGGCGGCAGCCCUCACGCGCGCAGCUCCGUGGGGCACCGCGGCAGCCACCUGCCUCCCGCGCACCCGCGUUCCAUGGGCAUGGCGUCCCUGCUGGACGGCGGCAGCGGAGGCAGCGAUUACCACCACCACCACCGCGCCCCUGAGCACAGCCUGGCUGGCCCCCUGCACCCCACCAUGACCAUGGCCUGUGAAACUCCCCCAGGUAUGAGCAUGCCGACCACCUACACCACCUUAACCCCUCUGCAGCCGCUGCCGCCCAUCUCCACCGUGUCCGACAAGUUCCCUCACCACCAUCACCACCACCAUCACCACCACCACCCACAUCACCACCAGCGCCUGGCGGGCAACGUGAGCGGUAGUUUCACACUUAUGCGGGAUGAACGCGGGCUGGCCUCCAUGAAUAACCUCUAUACCCCCUACCACAAGGACGUGGCUAGCAUGGGCCAGAGCCUCUCGCCCCUCUCUGGCUCCGGUCUGGGCAGCAUUCACAACUCCCAGCAAGGGCUUCCCCACUAUGCUCAUCCUGGAGCGGCUAUGCCCACCGACAAGAUGCUCACCCCAAAUGGCUUUGAAGCCCACCACCCUGCCAUGCUCGGUCGCCACGGAGAGCAGCACCUCACGCCCACCUCGGCCGGCAUGGUGCCCAUCAACGGCCUUCCUCCGCACCAUCCCCAUGCCCACCUGAAUGCCCAGGGCCACGGACAGCUCCUGAGCACAGCUCGGGAGCCCAACCCUUCGGUGACCGGCUCGCAGGUCAGCAAUGGAAGUAAUUCAGGGCAGAUGGAAGAGAUCAAUACCAAAGAGGUGGCGCAGCGUAUCACCACCGAGCUCAAACGUUACAGCAUCCCACAGGCCAUCUUCGCGCAGAGGGUGCUCUGCCGUUCCCAGGGGACCCUUUCGGACCUGCUGCGAAACCCCAAGCCCUGGAGCAAACUCAAGUCGGGCCGGGAGACCUUCCGGAGAAUGUGGAAGUGGCUGCAGGAGCCGGAGUUCCAGCGCAUGUCCGCGCUCCGCUUAGCAGCUUGCAAAAGGAAAGAGCAAGAACACGGGAAGGAUAGAGGCAACACCCCCAAAAAGCCCAGGCUGGUCUUCACAGACGUCCAACGUCGAACUCUACAUGCAAUAUUCAAGGAAAAUAAGCGUCCGUCCAAAGAAUUACAAAUCACCAUUUCCCAGCAGCUGGGGUUGGAGCUGAGCACUGUCAGCAACUUCUUCAUGAACGCGAGAAGGAGGAGUCUGGACAAAUGGCAAGACGAGAGCAGCUCCAAUUCAGGCAACUCCUCCUCUUCAUCAAGCACUUGUACCAAAGCAUGAAGGAAGAACCACGGACUAGAACCUCGGUGGAAAAGCUUUAAAUUUAAUUUAAAAAAAAAAAAAGAAAAAAAGUUUUUAAAGACCAGGACCUCGAGAUAGCAGGUUUAUACUUAGAAAUAUUUGAAGAAAUAAAAGUGGUAUUUAUAGUCCAAAGAAACCAAAGACUAGAGCUCACCUGCAUUCUGACUUUGUUCCGAGACACUUCAGCGGGGCAAAACUUGGCAAGAGAAAGGAUCGGGAAAACAUCGGAUCUCACGCCUUCGACCCUUGGGCCGCACUGUGCUUGGCUGCUCCGUGGCUCGAAGCACAGUAAUGUCUGAGCCAUUGAGCGGUCAUCUUUUAAGAUCAGACAUUCUCAUCUCUUCCACUACACCACAAAGGUGUAUCGUGUCUCGAUAUCAUGUGUGGGCGGGUGUGCGGGUGCACACCCACCCACCACCACCAGUGGUUAGGGACUCAGGCAGGGCUGGUCUUCAGGAAGGGUUGCACCGUAGGAGUGUGACCCACACAGUGUGGGAUUUCUAAAUUCAUUGGAUUUAAGGUGUGAUUUCUCUCUUCUAGCCUAGCGUUUGAACCUGCCAGGCCCACAACCUAAAUGCAGAUUCAAACCCAGCAAAGAUCAUUUGAAUGGCACCUAAACCAGUGCACUCUCUUUGUUUGUUAAGAAAUGUUCAGAUAUUUUUUAAAGAAAAGUGAAACAAGAGUCCAUCCAUUAAAAAAAAAAAAUCACCCAGGUACCAAAGAACACACAAUAUUAUAGUGCAGGUAUUUUAUUGCAAUGAUUUUAAUAACCAAAGCUAUUUUUACACAAGAUACUAUGUAAAGUUAUACGUAUGAACUGAUCUAGCUGUAACCCACAUGCCACGUAGAUUCAGGACUAUUAUUUAUGACUCUUGAAGCAUUUGAAAUAUGAGUUUUCAGAACUGGCAAGGAAGAAUGUGGCUUCGGGGAAGCAGUUACCACCAUGGCAGAGAGGUCGACGUGGUGCACAUGGGAUCCAUAAAUGUCACUUCCAUAGAGAAAAGACAUAACACAUCAUCUACACGUAGCCAAGAUGUGAGGACUCUUCAGAGUAGGUCCCCAUAUAAACACUAGGAAACUAAAGCUUACCAGGGCAGAUAACUGAAUUAGAAAAAUUGUCCGAAGUGAUCAUUUUUAGUAAAUGUCCCACCCCACCCCACCCCCCAAAAAAACUUAGACUAAUUUUGCUUAAAUUUACUUUAUGCAUUUGGCACCAAAUAUUUUUUUAAAUCCUUCCCAAACACGAAUGAAGCAAGCAGACCAAUAUUAAUGACCAAUAUUAAUGACAAUUAGUUAUCUCAUAUGUUGUAACCAUCCCAGAAAACAAUUGAACUGACUUUAUUCCGAUUUCAGAUGUCCUAUCGGGCAGAUGUUAGGAAAACAAAGGGCCACUGAGAAAUGGUAGCACAGGAGAACUACAUACAAAAAGCCAGUGCUCUGGUCUCACACAAGCCUUUUGGUUCCUUCAGAAUCAAAAGAUGCAUUUUACUAAGCAUAACCUCCAAAGCAUUAACGUUCCUUCUUGCUAUAAGUGAACCUGGAAAAUUUUAUCUCACGGCUUCUACUCUCUGGCAGGGACAGAUUAAAAAUUAAACCCAAGCUUCCUAAUCAAAGUUUUCAAUUUUGACUUUUUCUGAACCAUUUCACUGGGGCCACACAGACCAAGGCAGGAAGCCAAAACAAAGUUGUUUUUGUUUUUGUUUUUUUAAAAAAGAUCAUUUGGCAUCCAGAAACACUCUAUCUGAACUUGGUAGAACUACAACUGAUCUGAACAGAUAACUACCUGCUGCACAAGAAAGUCAAGAAUAGGGUACCCUCAGUUAAUGUCACACCUAACUAGAAAUAUAGCACCAAAAACUAUCCUAAUAGUAGCUGUUCAAUAAGAUUCACUAAAAUGCCAAAUGAAAAAAAAUUAAAAUUUUAUAACACAAAAUCUCACUCCUGGGGGUCAAAUGUCAGAUACCUAGAGAGAGGCACCUAACCCAACCAGCGAACCAUCUGUCUGGCAAUUGAGCGAAGGAAACCAGCAUGCACCCUGACAUAUUUUGUUGCAGUAUUUUUAAAAGUUCACCCAAAAUUCCAACUUAAAAGUUUUUCUUCUAAAGAUGGCACAAUUCUAGUUCAAUCAUGAAGAACCAGUAAAUCUCCACCCUUUGAGAUUUGCUCAAGUUUUCUGUAGCAUAAACAAAAAUUAAAAAUAGAAACAUUAUUUUCUCUCUUGAAAGUGGAGAGAGCUGGGGAGUGUAGAUGCAUUUAUAAUUUAAGAGGGGGGAUAGCCUUAUUUACUUAAAACAAGGGAAUUAAAAUUUCAGGGGAAACCUAAUUGUGUCUAUACACAGUCUUACCAACUUUCAGUACUCCAAGAACCAGAAAAAAAAAAAAAAAAAACAAAAAUUCAGUCAACCUUGUGUCUUUCCUUUUACCACGUUACUUCCAUGAUUAACCCAACUGCAUUUUGCAUUUUUUCAAGCCAAUCAUUUGGUACUGUGGAGGCACAGUCUUCAAAAUAAAACAUGACUACAUUUUUAAAAUCCCAUCAUGAGAAAUAACCGUGACCCUACUUGCUGACACCAAAGAUGAUUUCAUACCAGCAUUAAAUUUGCACCAAUUACACAAUUUCAGGGCCUAGAGAUGUAUUUUCUCGUAAACAGAGGCACAAGUCAGAGCCUGAAAAGCAAUUUUCUUACUUGACUGAGCAUACUCCAAACUUUUGCUUCUUAGAAACCGUAGCAGACACACUCAGCUUUCAUAAGCAAUACCUUGUCACACCCUGUAGAAACAACUCUUUCUUUGCUUUGGAACCAGCACUCAGAGAUCAUGUUUCCAUUCCUGUUUUAUGUAGCACUAAUUGAUGGCUCCCCUCAUGUUCUACAGAGCAGAUCAUGUCCUUUCACACCAUUCACUCCCAGACCUUAUCUCUCAUCGCUAUGCACAUUACAAACAAAACCAGACUUCAAAGAUUUCCUUACUUUCUUUUCCUUUCUCUUUCUGUCUUCCCUCCUUCCUUCUUUCUUUGUUCCUUUUCUUUUCUUUUUUGUAUAAAUUUUUGGCCAUAAGUCAUUCAGGUCCUCAAAUAACAGGAAGCUUUCGCUGAAAGCCAACAGGGAUGUUUGGAGUCUGGAGACUGUAAAACUCAGAUCUCAGUAACUGUCCAGAUGGAGGAAUUCUGGAUGCUGGGGACUGAGUACUCCUGUCCUUGAGCGCCUUGGGAAUCGAUUCCAAAGACCAAAGGAAGUGUAUAGGGAUAUCUAUAAGUUCUGACGGAACUUGUCACCCAUCAUGCCCCUCAGCCCCUCGAAAAACAUACUGAUUUUCCCAGAACAACAUAAAAGCGCUUGCUCCAUUCAGACCCCUCCCACUCCCAUUGCUACCCCAGGUGCAGAACCCGUCUUUGCAGGUUAAAUGCAACUUUGCUAUACCAAAGAGUCUAAGGGCCUUUUCCUUACGGUCCGCCCCUCCCUGCUUUGUACAUACAGGAUGAAACUAUGCAUUUAGCAAACAAAGAGAAAGCACUUCUCCCUUUUCUAUCUCGUUGUUUAGGGUGCAUUCAAAUACCAGAGGCUGUUUGGGGGAUGCACUUGGCCUUCUGGAUUAUAACUGUGGUGUGGGUUUGCUCUACAGUGCAUUUGGUAACUACUUCCCAAAUAGUGUGGACAAAGAAGCAGAAGGUAAGAAAUAGCUACUUCCAUGUGUUAAAAAAAGAAAAAAAAAGAAAAGAAAAAAAGGAAAAAAAUAGAAAAACAAAAAGAAAAAAAAGUGUAAAGAUCUACUAUUUAUAGUGUGAACCAAAGACGCUACCUCACUCAAUUUCCAUUGGUGAUUUUAAUCACAUUGAUAUACCAAAGAAUACCAAAGAUAUUUUCAUGCACGGCCAUGGUCUGCAGAGGGAACUCCGCCCCUUCCCUUCCCCGCCUCCUCCCUCUUCUCUCAGUGUGUGACGUUGUCUUCAUUCUUAAUAACAAUACAACACCGACGACAACAACAUUAGGAACGCCUACUCUUACGACUGCUACUUCUUGUAAAUCUCUAGGCAAACACGUUGCAAAGUUUGUAAACUCCUAGGACGAGUGCCUUGCUUGAACCAAAGUGUUUAAACCGCUGUUAACCUCUCUCACCUUAUACUCUUUGAAUACCUCAGCCUCUUAGAAAGGCCACUAAUGAAGAAAAAAAAAAAAGGAAUAAUUAUUCACCGUGGUGCUUUUUCUGCGCAACCAUGCAAUGAAACUUUCUUUGAUACCAAAGGAUGACUUCCCCCACCCCCAAUUCUUGCUGAUAAACCAAAGCUCCUCCUCUUGCUCCUCCCUGAGGCCCUCCCCCACUCCUUGACGGAGUCCCAUCCCCAGGCAGGCCGUGCGUCACCUUUACCAAUUCCUCCAAAUACCUCAUAGUAAUAAAGCUUUAGGGUUAUGUUGUAUAGAGACUCUAUGUGAUAAGGCAGAACUUACUAGUUUGUUAAUUGUUAAGGUUACUUUAAAGAAGAAAAAAAAAAACCCUUUAUAAUUCUUAUUUAUUUUGUAGCUGUGUGUUUGGGUGUUCCCUCCCUCCCCCCAUUUUGGUUUGGGGUUUAUUUUCUUGGCCGAACUGCUCAGUUGCUCAAGGAAGAGUUCAUUUUUGGGAAUGUUCCCCCAGUGGGUUAAAAGUUAAGGGUUGUGUAAAAAAUGCAAGAAUGGAAUAAGAAAUGAUUUUCGUUUUGAUCAUGACUUAUGAAAGUUUGUGUUUUGUAGAAAAUUUGUUUCCACAGGGUAAAAAAAAAAUUAUAUAUAUAUAUAUAAUCUUUUUUGUGAAACUGGUUCCUAUUUUUCUCUAUAAUGUGCUGUGAUUUGUUUUAAUUUAAUUACAUUUUAUAUGAACUUAUUUAAUCACGUUGUUAAUUUAUGACUGUGUGCUUUUUACAGUGUAUAUAGUACAAUGAAAUGGCCAAAACCUAUGUUACAAUCUCUUUUGUCCUUGACGCUAAGCUGAAGAGAGAGCCUCUCUUGCCUUCAGAGUGUUAUCUUGAGUUUAUCCUUGGUGAGCACAGCGGCAUGUGCUCUCAACACUGCCAGCUCCCUCUCAAAAAGUUGUCCAUGCCAAAUGAGUGUACCAAGGUAGAAAGAUGGAAGGCAUUACCUGUGGUUUUCCUUUAAUUUAUUAUUAUUAUUAUUUUAGAAAAAAAUUACUUUGCAGGUAAGACCUGAAAUUUCCAAGAGCUUAAGACCUUUCCCAGUGUCUCGCACCACCUGUGUCUGUGGGAAACUUUGUUUCACCACUACUUUGGUUUGUCUGUUUUUAACUAUCCAAGCAUGGGUAUAAGAAGUCACAGUAUAAAAACCUAAAGAGACAAGCUAACUUGAAUCUGGAAACCCACUCAAGGCCCUUGUUUCUACACUUCUGGGUGGAAGGCAGCCUUUCCUCCAAGCUGUCUUGGAGAGAAAGACGGCCCUAGGGCUGUCAACCCCCAGCAGCCCAUGCAAGAAGCAAAACAAAUUCACUUGGCUUAAUGCUCACCCUAAUUUAGGAAAUACAGUUAAGAGUACCGCACCCCUGAUCCCCACAGCUGCCCCACCCUCGCCUUCUCAAGCGCACCCUACCCAAAUGGGAAGGACUCUAAGGGUCCUUGGGGGAGAGUAUACCCCGCAGAGCAAUUUGAAUUUGUGUUUUCUCACUCUCCAUCUCACAGACAUGAGCCUUGGCCAGGCCCCUCAGCCAAGGCAGGUCUGGUCUUUGAUCAGCACACACAGAACCCUCAAGGACCAGGGCCAACCUCACAGGAGCCACCACUCUGUCAGUCAGCUUUACUGGCGUAGGUUGCAUAGACUCAUUGGUGUACCCAACAUCCCCCUCAACACAGGCAUUUAGCCUUCUUUUCUUUUGCAGGUGUGUUUGGGGUGGGGAAGGAGAGGGGAGGGUGCAGGUUUCCGGUCAAGAGGAACAUUUUUAUACUGAUUAUGGAUGUGAAUAGGGUAACCAGUCUGCUCUGAGCCCCAGGUUGGCAGUGCGGAGUCAGGAUGCUGAGGGAAGGCUUUGAAAGAGGUCAGCAGUGAAGCUCAAAGCAGAAUUAUCUUUACCAGGUCACACUUCUAUUUCUAUGUUAGUGUUGAUUUUUUUUAUAGUAUGUUCUGCAUUUAUUACAUAAUCAUUGUGGGCUCAUUUUAGAAUUGCCGUCUGAACCAACUGACAAUUAAAAAUGAACACUAAUAAACUUUAAAACACUGCCUUCCACUUGUUCUGCUAACAGUUGUCAUAUCUCGCCCCACGCCCCAUUUGCUGUCCAUCUGUCUGUCACUCACUGAGACUUGUCCCUUCCCCCCCCCUUUUCUAUUUUCAGCACACUUUUGACCUCAGCUAUUGUAAGAGUGUGACUCAGUUUCCCUGUUCAAGUUAGCUUGAUGGUUUAUUAUAUAAGGAGGGUGCCUAAGACAAUCAUCAGGUAAAAGUUAAAUAAAAGAUCAGUAGAGUAGAAAAAUCUUCCAAGGGCAGGGGGAGUUCUUCCUUAGCAAUGAAUUAAAAAAAAAAAUCAACAGAAAAAGUAAAUACAUGAUUAAUUAACUACACAUCUAACCAUGAGGGGCUUAGGAGAUUUUUGAUAAGCGACAAAUAAACGUUACUGUCCUUCUCUUUGUCAAUUAGAAAAUGGUGGUAGUCUCUACACUGCAUCAACACAUCAGAUGAAAUGAUUAUUGUACCCAGUUACAGUCAUUUGCUGAUACUUCGUCUGUCUUCUUCUCCGUUGACGCUUCUGUAUUUUCCCGUGCGUAGCGACAAAACGUGUCAUGUGUUAGGCAUUCUUCUGGUUUGUACUGCAUUAAGGUUUCUUCCCUUUUCUUUCUCUUCUAAUUUUUUUUUUGAGCUUCAAUACUGUUUUCUUUUUAUGCUGUGCAAUAUCAUCUGCUGUGUUUGCUAAAGAAAAAGAAAAAAGAAAAAAAAAAAAAGCAAGUGGUGAUGUCAUCAUGCUCCCAGUGUUACAAUGUUCCCGAAUUUGUGUAGUCACCGAAAUGUAGUGAAUAAAAUGUUGGAUUUUCCAGCACUUUACAUUUA